UAACCAAUAAUGUUGAACUGUUAAUAAAUGUUCUUAUUUCUCCACAAACUCCCAGGCACUUUUGGGGGACAACAAGAUGAGGAGAAAUGCUGGUGUUCCCUUUCUCCAUAGAUACAAACGUGUAGUGCAGUGGCAAGUUAUACUCGCUGGGGGAAACGGCCCCAUGGCCUCAGAGCCCAAUGUCUUGAUGCUAUGAAUCUUGGAAAAUGUUAGUCACUUGCUUGUUUGGAGGUGAUGCAAAAGCCCUCUUUUCUUGAUGGAAGUUACUGGAUUAUUCCAGAGUAGGGAUUUGUUUGCUGUUGAAUCAGUGAGCAGGGCAGUUUAGAGUGCUUUCACGUGUGUGUGCAUGCAUGCUCCCCUACCCAAGGCUUACCUUUAUGGGCUUACAGGGAAGCAACAAGCAGCAGUUGAACUGCAAAGACGAGGAGGCCGAAAUACCACUGCUCCCACCAACUCCUCCACAGUCUCACGGGCAGCCUCGAAUAACGGAGCGCGUAGCUGGUGGGUGAGAGGAAUCACAUCGAUUUUACGUGUCGUGUUUCUCCAAAGAAAUCGCCACUUUUAGCGCGGUCCAAGCACAUCUCCCUCCUUCUUUUGCUGCUGAACGGGAACAGAAAAAGACGUUUUGUUUUCCUAAAGAGCCGAGGGCUCCCCCCCGCCCGCGGGCUGGGCCGCAGGAGCCGUCCAGGUGAGCGCGGCCGCCGGUGCCGCCGCUCCUCCCACACCUGCCCGCCCGCCCACCGGGGCCAGCCCCGGGCCGGCCGCCGCCUGUCGCCGCCUGUCGCCACGCCGCAGAGCCGGCCGGCCGCCGCUCGCCGCCUGCCAUGGAGCCCUAGGGGCGUGCGGCGGGAGGGGCGGCCGCGCUUCCCCGGGGACGAGGACAGCGCUCCCGCAGCGGCAGCGCCGAGAUGGCGGACAGCGCCGCGGCCACCGCCGCCGCCCCCGCCGCUAAGGGCGGCAGCUCGGCGGGGCACUGGUGGAAGUCGCUGACCGGCGGCAAGAAGAAGCACAAGGAAGCGGCGGCCGCCCCCUCCCCGCCGCCUGCCCCCGCCGCCCCCGGCCCUCGGGAGGGACCGACGCCCCCCUUCGGCAGCGGGGAGCCCCCGGGGGCUGGGGCUGGCGGCGGAGCCCGGCGGAGCCUCCGCGUGUCGCACUCGGGCCGCUUCAAGGAGACGCGCAAGGCUCGCACCUCGCUGCUGGCCGACAGUCCCCAGGUCUUCAACGGCGGCGACGCCGGCCGCGCCGCCCCGGGGGGCCAGUAGCCACGGCGGGGGGCUCGCCCCGCUGCUUCGCCCCGCUCCUCGCCCCCCUCGGGGGGGAGACGCGGCCCCGCGGGGGCUCCUCGGCACCCGGCGGAGGCUGCGGGGGGCCGCUGGGCAGCGAGAGACGCCGCAUGACCGACGCGAGGAGCAAGCCUUCGAAUCAAGGGACGAUGUGAUUGUCUUAAUGGUGAUAACGAUGAACGCUCCGUGUACUGUGGUGGGCAGGCUCAAAAGGUGCUAUUCUGGGGUCUCUCUCUGUGCCUUCCCCGGCCCUCUCCGUGAGCCAGCGCUGCCCUGCUCACACCUGCGGCCCAGCUUCUCCCCGCUCUCCAUCCGAGAGACUCUCACACGCUGCCUUUUGAAGGAAGGACUUCAUUUUGGCACCGAGAACCUUCCAGCGGUGCCACAGCUCUGUAGCAGUCGUGCUUCUGUCCUGCUGGAAGCGGGCACACCGGCGAGGGAGCCCUUCUUGUGCUGUGGGAGUCAGGGGAGAGGCGCUGGGAGCCACAGGUGCUUGGAUUCUCCCAUGCCACACAUCCCAUUUAAAUAUGCAAAAGGCAGGAUUCUACUGUUUUUUCCUCUCUUAAUGAUAAGCAGGUGUUUCAGAAUUUAAUCUCCCAUAGUUCUGUUACAGAGAGAGGCUGGUUAUUGCCUAACAAUUCCCAUUGUGUACCCAGGGAAUGCAUGAUUUUUGUAUAAUUGGUGAUAACUGGCAUAGUGAAACAACAAUGAAGAAAACAGGUGAUAAGAUGCAAAUACUCUCCUGGGAGGCAAGACUAGCCCUGGAGAGCACGGGCAGGGUUGUGCUCCAAACGUGGAAACAGGCUUUGGCACCAUUGGAAGUGUUCUCUAAUGUUUACUGUGAUCAAGGCUCCUGAAGAAAGGUUAAAGAUUCCCAAGACUUCUUUUGGUAGCAAGAUCACAUGCUUUAACUUGGGCAGCUAGUUGCCCCUUCUGGCACCUCCUGGGGUUUUGGACACAGUAAACGAUCAGCCAGAUUUGCACUGGUGUUGUGCCUUACAGAGCAAACUCAGCUAAAAAUACUGAGCAAUUACACAUUUCUUGACAGUAGAGGAUGUAGCUACAACUGCCUUAUUUAUUUUUAAAUGAAUUUGCAACAUACUUGAUAUUGUUGAAAUGGUUUUAGCCUUUUUUGAAUGUGAUAUAAGGUAUUACAUAAUGGCAGGGACUGAAAAUCAUUUCCUAGCUAUCAAGUACAAUGUGGUUCAAGUACGAUGUGGUUAUGAUUUUGUUUGGUUGUAAUUAAUUAUUUAAGGUCAGUUCAUAAUAAAAAGUGACCCGAAAGGAAAAAAAAAGAGAUUAAUUCUGACUGAGAAUAUGGAUUAAACUAGUCACUGACAGUCAACGAGAUGAUGUAGCAGACAGAGGGCGAGUGUCCUGUGGUUCGCAGUGUUUAAUGGUAUAUAAUGAAAGCUCCUGUGCAAUAAACUGAGAUAACCUAGCUGCCUUAGUUAACAAUCCUUCACUCAGCUACUUCUUCAGAAACCUAAAUCCAAGGGCAAAGGGACUGUAUCAUCAUAAAUCUAUUUCCAUACAACCUUCUUUGUUUCCACCCAAUGUGCAGACGUGCGCUUUUUCCUUUCAUUUAGUAAAGCUACAAAGCACCGAUUGGUUUUGGACUGCCUUUUGAGUUCCUGACUACGGGCUGACAAGCGGAGAGCAAUGAGUGGGGGAGCUCUUGAAGACCACUGCUGUUUCUCCUCAGAGAUGCUUUUUUUACCUGGAACCUCUUCAGUAAGGGGGCACCUGAAACCCUUCUGUGAAGAAGCAAGUGGAACAAGCCCCAUCACCUAUGAAGGGAUGUGAGAGAGAUGAAGGAAAGUUUAAAAGCUUGGAAUUGAGAGAUUGACAACAAAAAAACUUACUUCAGCAACGGUUAGCCCAGGGGGGUUAACAGAUGUGUGUUUUGUAAAAUUCAUGCAGAUGUUUUUUCUGAGUUUUUAGUCCUUACGCUGCUGUGAAAAUAUUGUGUAUCCAUUCCUCUGUAACUCUAAGCUACCUGUUUCUACAGUGAACUCUGUUUGUCUCUUGGAAAAAGGUUCCCAGGUUCACUGAUUGAAAGUCUUUAUCUAGGCACAAGAUAUCUACAAAUUAUGGUAUUAUUUGAAAAGAACUAUGGUAUGAUGUUCAAUGGUUGCUGUUAAGAUUCUAUAUCAAUGCAGGUUAAUAUGUGACGAAAUAUUAGUCAUAUCUUAAAUCCUGAUGACUGGUACUUAAAGCUUGGAAAUUUGGUCAGAAUAUGAAGUCAAUAAAUACAGAUAAAAUGAUUUGGUAGCAGGCAUCCUCCAUCUUUAUCAUGACCUUGAGCUGUGGGAAGGAGAAGUAACUCUAUCUUCCUGCUCAGUCAAAUCCUUGCUUCAAUGAAUUUGAUAGCAGCUACUGAAAAACUAGAUCCAUGAGAAAACUGGCUGACUGCCUUGUCUCACUUUCCACGCCCUCUGUGCAAUGGCCAUGCAGCAAUAUCUUUGGGUUAGUGCUGAUCCAUGUUCGACAGCUAGGCAUGAGAAGCCCCGUUGGCCACGACCAACUUGUUUGGCAGAAAUAGUCCUUUUGUUUCUCAGUCUGCGCCUCAGGUGAAAAUUUAAGCAAUGUGUGCACAUGUAAAUGAAUUAAGCUGGUGCAGAAAAAUAGUACAUUUUGUGGAGCAUCUGAAUUAUUUUUUUAAUCCUUGAAGUAAAGAAAGGCUGAGCUUUCUUUUUUAUUGCAGAAUACUUGUUCAGUUAUAACAAUAGUGCAGUUCUAUGCACUGAAUUAUUAAAAGGCUGUUGGCAUUCUUCAUACAGUUAUUUUCUUCAUCUGGCAUUCUUAAUAUAGGUAUUUUCCUCAUCUUCUUUAUAAAGAUACUGCAUCAGAAAGUAGGUUUAGGAAAUGGGGCAACUGAGAAAAUUGUUGCUGUUUGUUUCUAAAACCAAAGAGUAGCAUAUUUACAAAAUAAAGAAAAAUAAGCAGAUGAGGUUCAACCUCAGCUACGUCAGUUGUAGUGCAAUUUUCUUAAUAGUAUUCCAAAUAUUGCUAAGGGUUGCAGGUUUGGGGCAAAACUAAAUAUUUCACAAAGAGUGUGAACUUUUCAAAUAAACUUGCAAAGCAUAUACCUACUUAUUCUUGCUCUUGCCAAAACUAAAAAUAAAGCUUUGAGUGGCUGUCUGGUGAAUCAUUCCUUGCUAUUGUAGGCUGGACAGUCUGGUACUCCACGAAGAUUAUAGGGAGCAGGAAGCCUGCUGCAGCACCUGCAGAAAAUGAUCCUAAAUUGGAAACGCUGGAUUAAAUGCUGGAAUAAAUGCUUGGAAAGCCUCAAGAGUUUCAACCUCAGAUGUUAGGUCAGGCUGAGACUUAAACUGAACUGAAAGAAUGGAGAAGUCUAUGUGAGGUCUUUAAUGAUUUGUUUAUAAAAUUUUUGUCUUUACUGCAGUGCAAACCAUGCUUAAUUUUAUAUUUCAGAUGUAAAACCUCUUGUCCGUUAACAAAAUAACCUCACAUGAGGUCUAAGAUGUGAAAGACAGAACUCACAGCCUUGGCCUGGACAGUACAUCUGGAUGUUUCACUUUAAAGCCCAUGUUUAAAUUUGCUCAAACAUCUGAUAUCUAACUGGGAGAAAAGCUGCUUCAAGUCCAGGUACAAACUGAAAGCUCAUUUUGUAGCCUUUUGGGAUCAUAUCUGGUAGGGCUAAAUGAAGAAACCCAAGUCUGGUAUUUUCUAAGGGGUCUUUUUAAAACUGGGGUGGGAGAGAGUCAAUUAUAGAAUUAUAUUUGAGACCAUAUAAUUACACCAUUUUGAAAAACAAAUGUUUCCCCUUCAUCGCUAAUUUAUUGUAAUUAAGAUGGAAGACUUGCUGGUUUUAAUUUUUCAUUUCAGAAUAAAACAGAAGGAAUAAACUUGCCGUUUCAUGCACACCAGCAGUAGUGAAGUAGUUUAUCUAUUUUAGCCUUAAAGACAUCUAAAAUUUACAAAUAGCUCCAAGAAACAGUAUUUUGAUGUAGUCUUCACCUAAAGCAUAUUGAUUAGCAGCUGCAGCUUAAGAAUUUGAUUUAAUGCUCAUUUGAUCUAGAUAAAGCAAUAUAACAUCAGAUAACAUGUGUUUGGGGGAUAGCAAACCACUUUCCAUAAUAGCUGCAAGGCCUGAUUUUAAAUGAAAAAUUUACUGUGGUGAGUAAUCUUUGUCAGAGCUGAAUGUCAUGUUUCAUAUGAGUAAAUGAAUUAGAAUGUUUUUCAGGGUAUUAGUUACCAGACUAUCGUAUGUUUUGAAAGGCGUGGAGUCACACUGAUUCUCAGGUGUAAGCCUCUGUGCCGGGAACCUUCUGCUGCCUCUUUGCAAUGCCUCAGGCCAUUCCCCUCGUGCAAAAUUGCUGUUUAUUGUGGUUAUUGAUGUUAUUAUCCUUCUAUACUGAGGAAGUUAAAUGCAUGAUCUUCUGUGUUACUGAGAAUGAGAACCACGCCUAUGUUUGUCUGUUGAAAUGAAAAAUUAGAGGUACUGUGCACCCUUGU